AUGGCUGGUAGCAGCAGCAGCCCACCACCGCCGGCACCGAGCUGUGGCUGUAAGGGGAUCCGCUCCUGCCUGCAGUGCGAGUCUCCGGGCCGGGCGCUGCCCAGGGGGGCACAACAGACCAAGUUAUUUAUAUAUAUCCCAGAGCACGGCAUAGCUCAGGGAAUACAGAACACACAUUCAGAUGGGUGGUGGUUUCCCUUCCCUGGUGUGAGUCUGAUAGAAGAUUUUGUGACAGAAGAUGAGGAAAAAGAGAUGGUACAUGCCAUGGACCAGGACGAAUGGAGAAUUUCACAGUCCGGGAGAAGGAAACAGGAUUUUGGUCCAAAGGUAAACUUUAAGAAACAGAAAUUAAAGGUUGGCAACUUCACCGGCCUUCCUAGUUUCAGCAGAGUUCUCUGGGAAAGGAUGAAGAAUCACACUGUCCUUCAAGGGUUCCGGCCAGUUGAGCAGUGUAAUCUGGAUUACAAUUCAGAUAGAGGAUCCGCUAUUGACCCCCACUAUGACGACUCUUGGCUUUGGGGUGAAAGACUAGUCAGCUUAAAUCUUCUUUCAAGUACUUUGCUCACUAUGACCAGUUCCUCAGCAGAUAGUCUGCAGCUGAUCUCUACUUCAGAUUGCUGUGACCCAAAUGGAAUACUUACUCACAAUGUUAAUGAUUACAGUUCUGUAAAUAAUGCACAGCCUGGCCUCGAGGACUACACAGCGCACAUCAAACCAAAGACUACCUCAGUUCCACAUAGUGAUGUGGAAGUAGCCAUAUGUUUACCAAGAAGGUCCCUAGUGGUUUUAUAUGGAGAUGCGCGUCACUGCUGGAAGCAUGCUAUACAUCGUGAACACAUCCAGCAACGCAGAGUUUGCAGCACAUUCAGGGAACUGUCCGCAGAGUUCAGUACAGGUGGCGAGGAGGAGAACCUUGGACAGAUGCUGCUGGACAUAGCGCUGGGCUUCCAGGGAAAAUCAGUUUAGUGCAAAGUUUAAUCUUGAAAAAAAAAAAAAAAAAAAAAUUCUUACGAAUCUCUCCUGAUAUGUGAAUACCUGAUCCACUUUACAAUGCACUCCAGCUAUGAUAACUGUACAUUGGCCCCUUAUUAACUGUAGGGGGACAUUUAUAGCCUUCUGGGGUACAUCAUUGAAUAGGCAACAUUUAUGCCACGCAACAGGUGCAACAUGACAAACAUAUGCAUAUAUGGCAGAUCCUACUGCUACAAAACCAAUAUCACUAGAGCAGCCUAGCCAAAGUGGACACAGUGAUAUGACAAUAGGCAAACUAGCUAAAAUACCAGGUUAUGACUAUUGUAACUAUUCUGAUGGCAUAGGAAGGGAUUAAGUGAUUUUGCACAUUUGGUUUGGAUCAAUUUGUAUGUAAAGUUUGACCAUUUAAUGGUAGAUACUGAUUUCUCAUUCUACUUUUAAUGUAUAAUUAUUACAUUAUUUCUCUAACGUCCUAAGUGGAUGCUGGGGACUCCGUAAGGACCAUGGGGAAUAGCGGCUCCGCAGGAGACUGGGCACAUCUAAAGAAAGCUUUAGGACUAUCUGGUGUGCACUGGCUCCUCCCCCCAUGACCCUCCUCCAAGCCUCAGUUAGAUCUCUGUGCCCGAACGAGAAGG